AGCUGUAGAUCAGCAGGCGUGCGUUUGAUUUGAUUUGUUUUGAUUUUGAUUUCGAUGUUGCUCCGGAGAUGUUUCCUGUUUCCGUUUUCCGCCAGCCGCCUGGCGGUUCGCCGGAGCCUGCACAUUGUGCUCCAUCCGGAGAUUCGGCAGGCGCUGCAGCACCAAAAGCCAGUGGUGGCCCUGGAAUCCACGAUCAUAACGCAUGGAAUGCCGAUGCCGGAGAAUGUCCUCACUGCGUUGGCGGUGGAGGAGCAAGUGCGUCUUAAUGGAGCCAUACCCGCCACCAUUGGAAUACUGGACGGUCGGAUCAAGGUGGGCCUGACGCGCGAGGAGCUCACCACGCUGGCCAAGAAACCCCGCGAGCAGGUGAUCAAGUGCUCUCGCAGAGAUCUGCCGUUUGUGGUGUCCCGUCGACAGAGUGGGGGCACCACUGUGGCCGCCACCAUGCUCAUUGCCCAUCGAGUGGGAAUCCGGGUGUUUGCCACCGGCGGAAUUGGCGGGGUACAUCGCGAGGGUCAGGAGUCGCUGGACAUUUCCGCCGAUCUCACCGAACUGGGUCGCACUCCGGUGGCCGUCGUCUGCAGCGGCGUCAAAUCCAUACUGGACAUUCCCCGCACCCUGGAGUACCUGGAGACUCAGGGCGUUUGUGUGGCCAGUUUCGAGAGUCCCGGUGGGGUGUUUCCGGAUUUCUACACACGUGAUAGCGGUUGCAAGGUGCCCUAUAACCUAAGUAGUGCCAAAGAGGCGGCGGAGCUGUUGCGAUCCUGGGUAGAACUGAAAAUGGAGUCGGGACUGCUGAUUGGAGUGCCCAUUCCCGAGGAGUUUGCUGCCGAAAAAACGAAAAUUGAAGAGGCCAUCAAAGAGGCAUCUUCGCAGGCCAAGGAACAGGGCAUUUCUGGCAAGGAUGUGACUCCAUUCCUGCUGGCCGCCAUAGCCAAAAUCACCGAGGGAAAGAGCCUUAAGUCGAACAUAGCUCUGAUCAAGAACAAUGCCAAAGUGGCUGCUCAAAUUGCAGCCUCGCUUUGCGAGGUGUCCACAAAUCAGGAGAAUCCAGCUCAGAAAACCUUCGAACGCAAGCCACUGGUUGUGGGAGCCUCCAUUCUGGAUCUCUCUUUCAGAGUAGAUGACCACAAUCGCGACAUGAAGCUGGAUGGAGCCACCUACUCGGCGGUGGCCACACAGGCAGCUGGCGGAGUGGGUCGCAACAUUGCGGAGGGCAUUUACAAAUUGUACGGGGAUGUGAACCUCAUAUCCGCCGUGGGCAACGACCAGAUGGGCCAAACGCUGCUCCAGAUGAUGCCAAAGGCACUGCAGCGUGGUCUCAUCCUAGCCGAUAGCCAUAACACCUCAUUGUGCUCGGUGAUCUUCGAUAAAUUUGGCGAUUGUAAGCUUAUCCUGGGCAGCAUGGAAAUCCACCAGAGCAUUACGCCGGAAACGCUUCAGGCGCACCACCAGCUCUUCCGGGAAGCACCGCUCAUCAUCAUGGACAGCAACAUCUCGGAGCAGGCCAUGGCCAGCAUACUGCAGCAGGCGCAGAUGAACAAGAUUCCCGUCUUCUUCGAGCCCACGGAUAUGUUCAUUGCCGGCAAGCCAUUCAAACUGCUGCCCGAGUUGACAAAGAACAUACGCCUGAUAAAACCGAAUCUCCAGGAGCUGAAGACCAUCACAGAGGCCAUCACCGGGCAGCAGGUCAAUUGGAAUCCAGACACAGACACCAAGCUGCCACAAGCGGAACUGCUGCAGCAGGCGAAAGCCAUGAUUAAGAAAAUCGACGGCCACUUUAACUGCAUCAUAGCCACGUUGGGCGACCACGGGGUGCUGCUAAGCUAUCGCCAGGAUGCGGACAACGAUGCCAGGCUGCUCCUGGACGUGAGCAAAGCCACACCGCCGCACUGCACUCGCUUCUAUGCCGCUCCCAUGGUGCACAGCAUUGUCAACGUGUCGGGGGCCGGCGAUAGUUUCUGUGCGGGAUUCAUCACUGGCCUGCUGCGCGGGCGCAUCCUAGAUGAGUGCGUAGCCGCUGGUUUUGUGGCCGCCGAGAAGGCCCUGCAAUCCGAGUCAGCGGUUCCGCACACCUACUUUUCCAAUGCGGAAUCCUUUGAGACUCGCUUCAAGCAAACUGUGAAGAUCUUACAACAGCAAAGCAUUUAGACGAAGAGAACACGAAGGCUUUUACUCAGGACCUUUGCUUUAUUCCUAAGUUCCUUAGUAUUUUCUUAAGUGUACCAGUUGAAGAUGUGUCUAGUAGGCCCAUCUGAAAGAUGCAAUUAAACCGAUUAAUAUUGUUAAA